AUGGCUGUUGUCCAUCGCUUUGAUACUCUCAAAGCAGUACCAAACAUCACUUCUUCCAUCCUCAUCGCGCAUGCUGAAAAUGAUUGGGACAUUCCGCACACACAUUCCGACAUUCUCUUCCAGGCCUUUCUGGAGCCCCAUCUUCCGGCUGUAGAUAUGCCUACCGACCCACUUACGAUAAGCCAAGAAGUGUGGGAUAUUAUUUCAAAGCAAAGUGAAGCCAGACGUUUUAAACGGAACCAAAUUCUCUCUAGCAAGACGAUCCCAAACUUUGGCACGAUAGAUCAGUUUGUUGACGGGCCAAGGAAGGUGGCGUUAGUCAAAACUCUUGCAGGAGGGCAUGACUACCUUGGUGUGCAAGAAGGGCUCAUUGAUAUCAUUGCCAGGAACUUUGAGUUAUAA